AUGACCUACUCUGUCAGGCUGGUGAAUGGGACCAGUCUGUGCUCAGGCAGACUGGAGGUGAAGUCAGACCAGUCUAACCAGUCAUGGUCCCCAGUGUGUGAAGCAGACUUUGACCAGCAGGAUGCAGAGGUGGUCUGCAGGGAGCUUGGCUGUGGGCCUCCUUCAUUCCUCCAGGGGGCGCUCUAUGGAGAGGUGGAGGCUCCAAUGUGGACCAAAGAGUUCCAGUGUGGAGGCCAUGAGUCUGCUCUCCUGGACUGUAGAAGCUCAGGCUCAGAGAGGAACAGCUGCUCACCUGGCAAAGCUGUUGGACUCACCUGCUCAGAACCUAGUGGUGUCAGGCUGAAUGGAGGGGCCAACCGGUGUGCUGGCGUGCUGGAGAUGAAACGGCUCGACGAAUGGAAACCAGUGGCUGCGAACAACUGGAACCUGCUAAAAUUAGCAGGCGUAGUUUGCAGAGAGCUGGACUGUGGCUCUGUUGUUUCAUUUAGAGAAAGACGGGAGUCCGCCAACUCUGUCAGGCUGGUGAAUGGGACCAGUCUGUGCUCAGGCAGACUGGAGGUGAAGUCAGACCAGUCUAACCAGUCAUGGUCCCCAGUGUGUGAAGCAGACUUUGACCAGCAGGAUGCAGAGGUGGUCUGCAGGGAGCUUGGCUGUGGGCCUCCUUCAUUCCUCCAGGGGGCGCUCUAUGGAGAGGUGGAGGCUCCAAUGUGGACCAAAGAGUUCCAGUGUGGAGGCCAUGAGUCUGCUCUCCUGGACUGUAGAAGCUCAGGCUCAGAGAGGAACAGCUGCUCACCUGGCAAAGCUGUUGGACUCACCUGCUCAGAUCCUCCAGGUGAUAUCAGGUUGGUGGGAGAGGCCAGCCGCUGUGCUGGAAUACUGGAGAUGAAAAACCAGAGAGAGUGGAGAUCUGUGGCUAAAAUUGAUCAUGGAUGGGAUCUUAUGUCUGCAGCUGGAGCUGCAGUGUGUAGACAGCUCGAUUGUGGUUCUGAUCUUUCAACGUUUGAGUUGUAUAAUGAAAAUUUAGUCAGAUCUGUGUGGUGGAUCAACUCCUCCUGUGUUGAGUUGAGAUCGACACUGAAGGAAUGUACGACAGCUACAGGGAAUUCAUACAGUUCUGCCAGCCUGAAGAUCAUCUGCACAGAUGUGCUGGCGGAACCAAACAUCUCCUCCUGUCCCUCCCCUGACAGGGUCUCUGAUGCCAAGCAGCAGGGGGUCCAGGUGCUCAUGGGCUCCAACUUCACCCUCAGGUGCUCUGUUGAACCACAGUUCCCAGGAGGCUACUUCCAGCUUAUCUCCACCUCCUCCAACAGAGCUCAGAACUACACCUUGCCAGCUGUCAAUCACUCUGCCCAUUUCCUGUUCUCUGCUGCAGACCACACCCACCGAGGGGAGUAUCGCUGUGUUUAUCACAAUUAUGUUUUCUACCAUAACUUCUCCUCUGAGAGCCAGCCACUCCAUGUCACUCUGGCAGUUUCUCUGACUGCGUUGAUCGUCAGACUUGUUGUCAUCCUGCUGGGUAUGAUGCUACUCAUCACUGCCUUCAUCUUCACCUCUAAGGCCAGCCAGAAGUUGUAACAAGAGACUGAGAUUAAGGAUUAUAUUCUCGGUGGUUCCAGUUCUAAGGGUCAGACGUGACACAGAGGACGUGACUCCAAGGACAGAGUAGUAUCUCUGAGAACAGCCUUGCUUGCAAUUAUUCGUGUAAUGUCUUAGGAUCACAAAUUAAUUAUUUCUUUAUCUCGAAAUAGCAACGCUCAUUUUUUCAUGAUAACUUUUAAAAAUAACGAUAGUUUUUGGUUGAUUGUAUUUUUGCUUUUGAUACAGUUUUUUGUGUAGUAAGCUGAAUUUAUAGACGUUUUAAAAGUCACU